GCAAACCCAGCUCGUAACAGAUCGGCCGGCACAGCUGACACGAGCUCCCAACCGCAGGCGCGAUCCGAUUCCGGCACGGCGAUGCGCAUCAUCGUCCCUCUCCAAGGCGUCGUCCAAGGCCGAGGCGGCCUCUUCCUCGGCACCUUGAUCCCCUGCGCCCUCUUCUACUUCUUCCAACUCUACUUCAAAACUCGCCGCUCAUCCUCCAACUCCGGCGAUCUCUCCGACGCGGACGCCGCCGCCAUUCCGACCUUAGUCCCGCCCCACCUCUUGCCAUGUGGUUCUCUGGCGCCGGCACACGUGUCGACACGUGCCGCUGCUGUUGCAAGGGGUAAAGAUUCUUCUUACUAUGCUGGGAUGAAGAGGUGCGCUGAGGAUCCGUACGAUUCGGUGUCGAACCCUAGCGGGGUGAUUCAGCUCGGACUAGCGGAGUCCAAGUUGUCGCUGGAUCUGAUUGGGGAUUGGCUGCGGAGGAAUUUGGAGAAGUCGUUGAUGGAUGAGAGGAAAGGGGGUUUGAGUAUUGCAAGACUGACGAUGUAUCAGCCUUUUGAUGGGCUGAUGGAUUUGAAGAUUGGCAUGGCUGAUUUUAUGGGGCACAUUAUGGGAGGAACCGUAACAUUUAAUCCGUCACAGAUCAUAUUAACAGCUGGUGCAAGUGCUGCAAUUGAGACACUUGGUUUUUGUCUUGCAGACCCAGGAAAUGCCUUCCUUGUUCCUUCGCCAUAUUACCCCGGGUUUGACAGGGAUAUAAAGUUGAGAACAGGUGUUGAGCUAAUACCUGUACCAUGCCGAAGCACAGACAACUUCAGCUGGAGUACUGCUGCUCUUGAAAGAGCGUACAAACAGGCGAAAAAACGAGGAGUAAAAGUCCGGGCAAUUCUCAUCUCAAACCCUUCAAAUCCUGUGGGAAGCAUACUAAAUGAGGAGAAACUGUACAAUCUCCUAGAUUUUGCAACAGAGAAGAACAUUCACAUAAUUUCUGAUGAAAUAUAUGCUGGCUCAACGUAUGGAAACGAGCAGUUUGUUAGUGUGGCACAAGUUCUUGAAACACAAGAUUACGACAAGAGUAGGGUUCAUAUAAUAUAUGGCUUGUCAAAGGAUCUUUCUAUGCCAGGGUUCAGAGUGGGAGCUAUCUAUUCAUACAAUGAAAAUGUUCUAGCGGCAGCUUCAAAGUUUGCAAGGUUCUCUUCUAUUUCAGUUCCUACCCAGCAGUUGCUUGUUUCUAUGCUGACAGAUACAAAGUUCAUCACAGAAUACAUCGAGGUUAACAGGGAGAGGCUACGGAAGAUGUACACAUUAUUUGUCGAUGGGCUGAAGCAGUUAGGUAUUGACUGUAUGAAUAGCAGCGGAGGUUUUUACUGUUGGGCAGACAUGAGUAAGUUUAUUCGGCCAUGGAGUGAGAAAGGGGAGCUUGAUCUCUGGGAUAAGUUACUGACUGUGGCUAAGAUAAACGUAACACCAGGAUCGUCGUGUCACUGUAUGGAACCUGGAUGGUUUCGAUGCUGUUUCACUACGUUGCUCGAGAGUGAUAUCCCGGUGGUCAUGGAACGUAUUAAGAGAGUCAUUGAAGGUUGAUAGAAGCUGUCAAUGACGACAUGCUGUAAACUCAGUGGACGGUUUAAAAGAAGAGCUAGCAGUGCCUGUGUAACAUUGCUCCAGUUUUAACAUUCUUGUACAAAGCAAAAAACUUUUUCCAGGUCAAGGCGAAAAUUGAAUGAAAGGGAAACGAUGGAUGAAUUUUUUUA